AUGCCGGUCCCGCAGCUUCUAGUGCUCUUCGGCAGCCAGACAGGCACGGCUCAGGAUGUGUCGGAGAGGUUGGGUCGCGAAGCCCGGCGCCGGCGGCUUGGCUGCCAGGUGCAGGCCCUGGACUCCUACCCGGUGGUGAAUCUGAUUCAUGAGCCCCUGGUGAUAUUUGUUUGUGCAACUACAGGCCAAGGAGACCCACCUGACAACAUGAAGAACUUCUGGAGGUUCAUAUUUCGGAAGAACCUGCCCUCCACUGCCCUCUGUCAGAUGGACUUUGCCGUCCUGGGCCUCGGGGACUCCUCAUAUGCCAAGUUCAAUUUUGUGGCCAAGAAGCUGCACCGACGGCUCCUGCAGCUUGGUGGCAGUGCCCUCCUGCCCGUGUGCCUGGGCGACGACCAGCAUGAGCUGGGGCCCGAUGCUGCUGUGGACCCUUGGCUGCAAGACUUGUGGGGCAAGGUUCUGGGGCUGUGCCCGCUGCCUCCAGGCCUCGACGAGAUCCCUCCUGGAGUCCCCCUGCCCUCCAAGUUCAGCCUGCUGUUCCUCCACGAGGUGCCCAGUGUGGGCUCUGAGGGGCAGCAAGUGGCUCACCCUGGCUCCAGAGAGCCCCCAUCGGAGUCGCACCCCUUCCUGGCACCCAUGAUCUCCAACGAGAGAGUCACCGGCCCCUCCCACUUCCAGGAUGUUCGGCUGAUUGAGUUUGACAUCUCAGGCUCUGCAAUCAGCUUCGCUGCCGGGGAUGUGGUGCUGAUUCAGCCCUCCAACUCGGCUGCCCACGUCCAGCAGUUCUGCCAGGCGCUGGGCCUGGACCCUGACCAGCUCUUCACACUGCAGCCACGGGAGCCAGAUGUCCUCCCACCCACAAGGCUGCCCCAGCCCUGCUCCAUGCAGCACCUCGUGUCCCAGUACCUGGACAUCGCCAGCGUGCCUCGCCGCUCCUUCUUUGAGCUUCUGGCCUGUCUGUCCCUCCAUGAGCUGGAGCGGGAGAAGCUGCUGGAGUUCAGCUCUGCCCAAGGCCAGGAGGAGCUCUUUGAAUACUGCAACCGGCCCCGAAGGACCAUUGUGGAGGUGCUGUGUGACUUCCCACACACAGCCGCCGCCAUCCCCCCGGACUACCUGCUGGACCUCAUCCCCGCUAUCCGGCCGAGAGCCUUCUCCAUCGCCUCCUCGAUGCUGACUCACCCCUCAAGGCUGCAGAUCCUCGUGGCUGUAGUGCAGUUCCAGACUCGCCUCAAGGAGCCCCGUCGGGGCCUCUGCUCCUCCUGGCUGGCAUCCCUGGACCCUGGGCAAGGACCUGUCCGGGUGCCCCUCUGGGUGCAGCCUGGGAGUCUGGCCUUCCCAGAGAUGCCAGACGUGCCCGUGAUCAUGGUGGGGCCUGGCACCGGGGUAGCCCCCUUCCGAGCAGCCAUCCAGGAGCGUGUGGCCCAGGAUCGGACCAGAAAUGUCUUGUUUUUUGGCUGCCGCUGGCGGGACCAAGACUUCUACUGGGAGGCGGAGUGGCAGGAGCUGGAGAAGCGGGGCUGCCUGACCCUGGUCUCUGCCUUCUCCCGGGAACAGGAGCAGAAAGUGUAUGUGCAGCACCGGCUCCGGGAGCGGGGGCCACUCGUGUGGGAGCUGCUGGACCGCCAGGGUGCACACUUCUACCUGGCAGGCAAUGCCAAGUCCAUGCCAGCGGAUGUCUCAGAAGCCCUGGUGUCCAUCUUCGAGGAGGAGGGCGGACUCUGCAGUUCCGACGCCGCUGCCUAUCUAGCCAGGCUCCAGCGCACACGGCGCCUUCAGACUGAGACGUGGGCCUGAGCCCCUUGGCUGCCUGUGAUCCUCCUGGGAGCCCAGGAAGGCAUUGUCCUCUUGGACCAGGGGUGGCGCUUCCAGGUCCCAGCUGGUUGGGGCAACAGCCAGCUUCUGAGCACAGUUACACGCUCGUCGACCCUGGGUCCCACCCUUUGAGCCCUGACUCCACUGCAGCCUCUGCCAGCCAGCCCUCCCCUCCCCCACCCUGACCCUGAGCUGUGUCCUCAUUCUCCCCCACCCUCUUCCUGGUCAAGGUCGUGGCCUGGGCCGUUCCACUUCACUGGUGCAGUGGUCCAGGAUGGUGUGAGCAGCCCACUGGGCACUGGGGGCAGCACAGGGCCCCCAUAAGGCUGCACUGCACUCCUCCACCCUGGGGCCACCUCGGCCACUGCAGCCUGCUGGGCAGCACAUUCCAAUCACCUCCACACGGCUGAGGCUGGGCUCAGGCCACGAGAAAGCAGCUCCCUUAGAGCAGUGGGGAGGUCCCAGGCCAGAGCAGCCUCUUCCUCUCCUGGUCCCAGGAAAGUCCUGGCAGGAACUGCUGGCUUCUGGGUGG